AUGCGGCAACGUGGAAGGGGAGCUCCGAUGAUCGGGUUGAUCCUGAUCCUGGCGACAGCAGCCACAGCCCAAACGAUCCUCGACAUAUUCCGCAACCACAACCAGGUGAACGAGAACAUUGUGCGGGACGCCGAUGAGCGGCCGUACGAUUUUAUCGUGGUCGGGGCAGGCUCGGGCGGGUCGGUCGUUGCAAACAGGCUGAGCGAGAACAGCAAGUGGCGGGUCCUGCUGGUGGAGGCCGGGGGUCCCGAGGGCGUGCUCAAUCAGAUCCCAAUGCUAGUCAGCUUUUUCCAGUUGACCGAUUACAACUGGGGGUACAAAGUCGAGCCGCAAUCAGGCGCCUGUCUGGGCAUGAAGAAUCACCAGUGCCCCUGGCCGAGGGGCAAGUGCCUCGGGGGCACCAGUACCCUCAACUAUAUGAUACACACCAGAGGAAAUCGCGCCGACUACGACAUCUGGGCGGCGCUCGGCAACAAAGGCUGGUCCUACGCGGACGUACUGCAGUACUUCAAGAAAUCCGAAAGGUUUCGAGUACCGGGCGUGAAAAACUCGUCGUAUCACGGCAACAGCGGGUAUCUGUGCGUCGAGCACGUGCCGUAUCACACCGAGCUAUCGAGCGCCUUCCUCGAGGCCGGCAAGCGCCUCGGUUACAAAGUCCUCGACUACAAUGGCAAGGAGCAGAUUGGCUUCUCGUACAUCCAAGUGAACAUGGACCGGGGCAAGCGUUGCUCGGCCACCACGUACCUACGGGUUCGCCGGCCAAACCUGCACAUUUUGACCCACGCCCAGGCCACCAGAGUAUUGAUCGGCAAGGACAACCGAGCCUACGGGAUCGAGUACAUGAGACACGGCAAGCUCCAGACCGUCCGCGCGACCAAAGAGGUGAUCGUGUCCGCGGGUACGAUAGACAGCGCGAAGCUGCUUAUGCUGUCGGGGAUUGGGCCGCGCGAGCACCUCGAGUCCCUUGGAAUCGAGGUCAUCAGAGACUCCAAGGUGGGACACAAUCUCCUGGAGCACGUGGGUUUCCUCGGGCUGACCUUUAUGGUCGACAGCGGCAACCGGAGCUUGGGUCUCCUCCAGAGCAAACUCAUGCGGCCGAGCGUCGCCGUGGAGUACGCCCUGCAUGGUAAAGGUCUUCUCACGAUACCAGGUGGCGCGGAGGCGUUGGCAUUCGUUCGCACCAAGUACGCCAUCGACUCGAGGCCCGACGUCGAGCUGCUCUUCGCUAGUGGCUCUUUGCACUCCGAUGGCGGAUUGUCGUUGCGCAAAGGACUGGGUCUGACGGACGAGCUGUACAACACCGUGUUUCGACCCAUCGAGAACAAGGAGGCCUGGUCCAUAUGGCCCAUAGUUCAAAACCCGCGCAGUGUCGGUCGCAUAUUGCUCAAAUCAAAGGACCCACUGGAGGCGCCGUUGAUUCAGCCGAACUUCUUCGAGCACCCAGCUGACCUCGAGAUCAUCCUCGAGGGCGUGAAGCACGCGAUCCGACUAGCGGGUACGGAGCCGAUGGCUGCACUCGGGAGCCGGUUGAACGACCGCAAGCUCCCCGGAUGCGAGAGUUUCGAGUUUGGUAGCGACGACUACUGGAGAUGUGGAAUUCGGACCCUACCUUCCAUGAUGAACCACGAGUGCUGCACCCUGAAGAUGGGCCCCCACUGGGACAACCAGGCGGUCGUCGAUGCCGAGCUUAGGGUCUACGGGAUCAAGGGGCUCAGGGUUGCGGACGCCUCGGUCAUGCCGACUAUGCCGGUCGGGCAUAUCAACGCCGGGGUGUUUAUGAUCGGUGAGAAAGCCGCGGACAUGAUCAAGCAGGCGUGGGAAGGUGACAAAAGUGCCAAAGUGUGA